AAGAACUCCAAUAAAAAUCACUCCUUUUCUUCUUUUUAUGCUUUAUAGAUCUGUUUACAACAUACCCAAAUCAAAUCACAAGGUAACGUUUCAAUCUUUUCACAAUUCAGAUCCAUACUGCAUCUGGGUUCGAUCCAUUUAGUGAUUCUUGAUGGGUAUUUUUCAUAGAUUCAAGAAUUUGCUUUUGCUUUUGCUUUUAUUCAUUGAAAUUGUUAAUGGGUAUUAUCUUCCUGGUAGUUUCCCUCACAAAUACAAUGUGGGUGAUAGAUUAAAUGUGAAAGUGAAUUCAUUAACAUCUAUAGAUACAGAAAUCCCAUAUGGGUAUUACACUUUACCCUUUUGUAAGCCUCUUGAAGGCAUUAAAGACAAGGCUGAGAACAUAGGUGAGCUUCUAAUGGGAGAUCGGAUCGAAAACUCACCCUAUCGGUUUAGGAUGUUCAACAAUGAAAGUGAGAUAGUUUUGUGCAAAUCGAAUCCGUUGUCGAGUGAUGAGUUCAAGACUUUGAGGGAUAGAAUUGAUGAAAUGUAUCAGGUUAACUUGAAUCUUGAUAAUCUUCCUGCAAUUAGGUACACUAAGAAAGAUGGAUACUAUCUUAGAUGGACUGGUUACCCUGUGGGAAUUAAGGUUAAUGAUGGUUAUUAUGUGUUUAAUCAUUUGAAGUUUACGGUUUUGGUUCAUAAGUAUGAGCAUAACAAUGUUGUUGGUGUGAUUGGGACCGGGGAUGGGGCCGAAUUGAUCACUCAAAGGAAUGAAACAAAUGUUGAUGGUUAUAUGGUUGUCGGGUUUGAGGUUCAACCAUGUAGUGUGAACCAUGAUGUUAGUUUGCUAAAGGAUAUUAAACCAUAUGGGAAAUACUCUAAACCGAUUAGGUGUGACCCUUCUUCGGUCACAAUGGCUGUGACCGAAGGUCGAUCGGUUACUUAUACUUAUGAGGUUUCGUUUAUCACAAGUGAUAUAAAGUGGCCUUCUAGAUGGGAUGCUUAUUUGAAAAUGGAAGGUGCAAAGGUUCAUUGGUUUUCGAUAUUGAAUUCGUUGAUGGUGAUCACUUUUCUCGCGGGUGUUGUUCUUGUUAUAUUGUUGAGGACGAUCCGAAGAGAUUUGGCUCGUUAUGAGGAGUUGGAUGAUGCUCAAACUCACAUGAAUGAAGAGUUAUCCGGGUGGAAACUUGUCGUUUCUGACGUUUUUCGAGCUCCAGAACGUCCUCAGCUUUUGUGUGUUAUGGUGGCCGAUGGUUGUCGGAUUCUUGGAAUGGCGAUCGCUACGAUAUUCUUUGCCGCUCUUGGGUUUAUGUCCCCGGCUUCACGUGGGGCCCUCAUCUCAGGUAUGCUUAUGUUCUACUUGUUGUUGGGAGUUGUAGCCGGAUUUGUUGCUGUUUGGCUACAAAGGACACUCGAAGCCGGAAGCUCUCGAAGAUGGUUUUUCGUGUCAUCACGAGUCGCAUGUUUCUUCCCAGGCAUCUCAUUCCUCAUACUAACAAUCCUAAACUUUUUCUUAUGGGCAAGUCAAAGCACCGGGGCGAUCCCCUUCACAACCUUCAUCAUACUAAUUCUACUUUGGUUUUGCAUCUCGGUCCCCUUAACCCUACUCGGCGGACUCGUGGCCUCACGAGCCCGAUACCUCAAAUACCCGGUCCGAACAAACCAAAUCCCUAGAGAAAUCCCGGCUCAUAAAUUCCCUUCAUGGCUCUUAGUUCUUGGAGCCGGGACACUCCCAUUCGGAACCUUAUUCAUCGAGCUAUUCUUCAUCAUGUCUAGCAUAUGGCUUGGACGUGUUUACUACGUAUUUGGGUUUCUCUUCGUUGUCCUUGUUUUACUCGUGACUGUUUGCGCUGAAGUGUCACUUGUCCUCACUUACAUGCAUCUUUGUGUCGAGGAUUGGCAAUGGUGGUGGAAAUCUUUCUAUGCUUCUGGAUCAGUUGCUCUUUAUAUCUUCUUGUACUCGAUUAACUAUCUUGUUUUUGAUCUUAAAAGCUUGAGUGGACCUGUGUCCGCGAUAAUCUACUUGGGUUAUUCGCUGUUUAUGGUUAUUGCGGUUAUGCUGGCGACUGGAGCCGUUGGGUUCUUGACAUCGUUGUUCUUUGUUCAUCGUCUUUUUUCAUCAGUCAAGAUUGAUUGAUUGAUUGAUUAUUUGAGGAUGUAGGGAAGUCCAGUGAUUUUGAGUCGUGUUAGUUUAAUAAUGAACAAAGAUUUGACUCA